AUGUAUACUAAUCCAAAUCAGCCCACAAUUGGGAUUGGAAUCAAAAUAAGAAUGUUUCGACCGCCAGAUAAAAAAAACAGCUUUACAAAACCAAUCCAUGGAAUCUCACACUGCGACUACAAAAUGCAAUGUAUGGAAGAUGAUAUGGGCGAGGAAAAUAAAAGCUACGGGAAGGAACAUAAGCUUGGUUAUAAAUAUCAUCCACAGAAGUGA